AUGGCUGGAUCUAGUUCGGCAAGAUCCCUUCAAGCACGACUGCGCCUACGCGAACUAGCUCAAUAUUACUCCACGACAGCGUCUUUACCACCAGCAGAUUUUGACCCACGUCGUGAUAUUGACGGGACAGUAAGACCUUACGACCUUGCCGACUUUCAACCAUACUCUCCUGCGUUGUCCCAAGACCCUAGUCUGACGGCUAUUGCGCAACUUGCUGCUGUCCGGACCAAUUGCCAGAGAUCCUUUAUUAGCCUUAUUGGUGAAUCAGCCCAGCAUGUUGUUGCUGAGGCAACAAGGACAGUGUCACCAUUUGACAAGGAUGACUUUGAGGGCGACGAUGGCAUUAUUCUUGGUGCUCAAUCGAUACCACUGACAUUUGGCAUAUGUACAACGACCAUUGGCGUCUUCACAGGAAAAUGUGACUUCGUGUUUGGAGCAGAUACUGAGGUACACGAUGAUUAUAUCUGCAUUCCAGACCUGCUGGCCGAGGAUAACACCUCAUCGUUGCCAGCAAUCCAAGCUCUGCCACCAAUAUUGCGCUUUUACAUGGAGGUACCGCUAAAGUCGGAAGGUGGCUACGUCAUCGGUUCUAUCUGCGUGAUGGACCCAAGUGUACGAAGUGCCAACGCACGCGAUGUGAGGGUAUUGCAGGACAUGUCGAAGCUAAUAAUGCGUCAUCUUGAACUGACGAGAAUGAGGGAAGACCAUCGCCGUGCGGAACGUCUACUUGCGGGACUUGGCCAUUUCAUCAAGGGCAAAGACAGCUUCAAAGAUCGGAGUGAGCACGGGGUGGAAGAAAGCGAGACCUCUAGGCAGGACGUACGACCAUCACAAAACUCGACGGAAAGUCUCAGUAACGACGGAGUGGAGUCAGCGCGCUCCGCUUCUAUUAAAAAUCUGGAACUUGACCCGACUGCUUCACUGCCAGACCCUGUGACCUCAAAGGGUCCUAUGACGGUAAAUUAUGAGCUAUCUGUUGCAGCGCCACGUCCUCAGUCUCGUACCACAGACGUCGACACAACCGAAAACACAAAAGAUUACACCGAUGCUGUGUCGAGCAAAAACUCCGUCGAGAUGAGGUCUUCAAACAAUCCCGCAGCUCCCAAUUCAAUCUCUUCAGAUAUCAAACAUACCUUUUCCAGAGCUUCAAAUCUGAUCCGUGAAAGUAUAGACUUAUGUGCCUGCUGCUUCUUAGAAAUACCAAAAGACAAGCGAUAUACUACGAUUAAGUUUCGUGAAGACAUUUGGCAGUCACGACAGAACGGAACUGACCAGAAUGUACGACCUCCAAGCUCUUGUGAGUCGUCUUAUGAGUCAGAUACUGAGAAUUCAUCUCGAAAGACAAGCAAAUCGCAAGAUCCAGCAAACGACGCUAAUAUGGAAAUGCUGUGCGAACCGCUCGGAUUUUCGACACGAUCGAAUUCUAGCUUAGUAGGGACUCCGACGACCAAUACAUAUCGGACCCUACCAGUCGAUCUCGUUCGUCGCCUCUGUUCGAAAUAUCCUAAGGGCCGUAUUUUUCACUUUGACUCGACUGGAAGUGUGUCCUCUGAAAGCGACGAGCAGAAAAUUGAAAGUGGUACUGAGGCUGUAUCAAGACCUAAGAAACUAUCGUCGAAGCUCCUCCAAUACUUUCCUACUGCUAGGAGCUUGAUGUUUUUUCCCAUGUACGACAAUGACAAUCAGCAAGUGAUCGCCGCUUACUUUGGCUAUACCACGAAUGCGGCCAGAGGUCUUCAGAAGAGCGAGCUCACCUAUGUUUCUGGCUUCACGAACAGUAUUAUGUGCGAAAUUUUGCGGCUGAGAUCAGAGGCGACGAACAAAGCUAAAAGCGACUUCAUAUCGAGUAUAAGCCACGAGCUUCGGUCUCCACUGCAUGGGAUCAUAGCCUCUAGUCAACUCCUCCUCGAGGAUCAGACGCUACCCAAGCAAGGCGAGUUCCUAGAGACGAUCGACGUCUGUGCUCGCACCUUACUUGAUAUCAUGAACCAUCUUCUUGACUAUGCAAAAAUAAACCACUUCACCAAGCAGCCGGACCCCAAGUCGCGAAUGACUUUGGCAAAGAGAGCUAAUUCCGAUCAUACUUUAGUCACUGACCUGAACUUGAUUAAUGUUGUUGAAGAGACUGCGUCAAGUAUGGAAGCAGGUAGUAGUCUUAAUUCAUGGCAACAGAACAAAUUUAACAAUCAUGCAACAUCGUCCAGUAACUACCCUGUUGUGCCAAUCAUCCUGAAUAUCCCGCCUCACGAGAAUUGGAGUUUCAGCUCAGAGCCAGGAUCUUGGCGCCGCAUCAUCAUGAAUCUUGUGGGCAAUUCGUUGAAGUACACCCAGCAAGGUCAUAUCGAGGUCAGGCUAUCUAUUCAAGAUGCGUCUACGACGGUCAAGAAGCAGAUAGUUAUGCUGAAAGUCUCCGAUACCGGCCAGGGAAUUUCGGCAGAGUAUCUCAAACACAAAUUGUACACGCCAUUCGCACAAGAGAAUAACUUAUCUGUUGGUGUCGGACUCGGCUUGAGUCUUGUGAGGCAGAUAGUGUCAGCGCUUAGUGGUCAGAUUACAAUCAAUAGUGAGGUAGGGGUCGGGACCGAGGUUACCAUCGCUAUUCCGCUCGAGCCGUGUCAUACUGUCCCAGAUGACCAAUUUGGGAUGGACAGUAGUAAAUCUCUAUUGAAAGGGUUGAAUGUCAGAUAUGUCGGCUUCAACGGAACAACAGCACACAUGAAGCAGUCCGAUGGUGCUCCCGACACGAGAACAGAUGCUUUGAUAGCCAUGAAGAGGUCACUGGCACUGUUCCUGGAACGAUGGUUGGGCGCAACUGCAUCGACUACCAAUGCGGAUAUAAUAGUCAUUGAAGAAACUUAUCUGGAGCGCGAGCUAGAUUUAUUUGACGCAGUCAACAAUGUCUUGCUCGUUGUGCGCAUGAACAAGAGGACUGGGGCGAAUAUUGAGAUACGCAACGCAAUCUUUGCAUAUGUUUCGCCACCAAUUGGGCCUAUACGCAUGACGCACAUCAUAAAGGCUCUGCUAGCACAACGUGAACAGAAAGGCGUGAACCUUGUGGUGGGACGUGCUCAAGCGGACAAAGUAUUGUCAACGCCGAUUUCAGUUGCACCAGUAGAUCUAGACACGAAAACAGUGAACAAGCCUCCAAUGAAUAGUGCAAUGUCAGCAAGUCCGGUCGAGACCAACGGCACAACGAGACAUCAGGAGCCAGCUGAUCCAGCCGCCACCAACCACGUUACAACACCGAAGGAGGCGAUUCUGCUUGUUGACGAUAACAGCAUCAACCUGAGGAUUCUUCUCACAGCCAUAUCACGACUAAAAUACGAAGCUCACGGGAUACAAGUUCUCACAGCUGUGAAUGGCUUGGAGGCACUCAACGCCUACAAGACGGCGACCAAUGCAGGAACGUGUGUACGAGUCGUCCUUAUGGAUAUCUCGAUGCCAGUCAUGGACGGCAUUACCGCGACCAAAGAGAUAAGAUUAUUCGAACAAGCUAGAGGCAUGCCAGAGAAUAGAAAGAGCGUAGUCAUCGCAGUCACUGGAUUGGCCAGCGCAGAAGCACAGCAUGAAAUUGAGAAUUCAGGGUUUGACGACUACCUGCCUAAGCCUGUGCACCUGAAGGUCUUGAGAGAGGCCCUAGGGAAUCACAUGGCAGACGUUGUGUCAAAGUGA